AUGGCUCAUGCCCACAAGGCAGUUGACCAAAGCAUGUUUGAGAAUUCAAACACAGCCCCCACGCCAAAGCUGCAACCCAGCCGGUCUGUCUCCAAAGCCUCGCUGGGCCCCGCCCUGGCAGCUCUGCCAGCCGCGGCUGAGACUGGACUGCGGGUGGGGAGCAGCCAGCACCUCAAGAACCUGAGCAAGGCUGUCGGGGCCAAAGUCAACGACUUCCUGCGCCGGAAGGAGCCCGCCAGUCUGGGCGAGGUGGGAGUGACCGAGGUCAAUGCCAGCGCAGGGGCCGAGCUGUCGGGCGGGAUGCUCGCGCUGCUGGGGGACCAGGCCCACGAUGCAGGGCGUGUGCUGUUGGAAACCUUUCCCCGGCUCGACCCGCCGCCCCCGGCAGCCAAGAAGCGCACGCCCCGGGCUUUGAAGACCCCUCUGGACAUGCUGAUCUCCUCCCAGCCGGUGGUGAGCAGCCUGGAGUGCAGCGCCGAGGCGCUACCCGAGCAAGGCCAGGAACACCCCAAGCAGGCUGCCCAGGGGGAGCAGUGGAAGGUGGCAUGGGACAUGUCUCAGCCAGAGGGCAGUGCUGAGCUGGGUGCUCCUGGCACAGCGGUGCCAAAUGGGGACGGGCCCUCCCACAGCAGGGUCCUCUCAGUGCCUGACCUCAUCCACGAGGAGAACCUGGAGGGCAAACUCAAAGCUGCUGACAGGCAGGCAGUGUCCACGCCCUGCCCAGAGAAACCCGCCCUCAGACUCAGCUGCCUGCUGGAGUACCAGCCCCCCGUGGGCGACCUCCAGCCUGUGGCACAGCCCUCCGGCCUGGAAAACGAGGGGCCCCACCCAGACCUCCUGUCCUUUGAGUAG